AUGUCUGCACAACCACAUUAUUCGUCGCCCUACAAAAACAAUACACCAUCCGGUGAUGUAAAUAACAACAACUAUCAUACACCUACAAAACCUUCCCAGCCCUUUAACGGAACAUCACCUCAAACUAUUUACUUGAGUCCAAGCUAUUCGAAUUAUUCGACUAAUCCUUCAAUACUAGUUUCGGCUAGUCCUGUCAGUAAUCUACAACCCUAUGACUUGAAUCAACAACCAAUCACCUUAAAUAUUUCUUAUGAUGAUGAUCCAUUCAAUGAUGAAUUACCAACACAAUAUAGUCUUUCAUCGAUGGUUCCGCAUAAUCCUUCACUGUCGAAUAGAUCUAGUACAAACUCAAAUCAAAGAUCUACAUCAAGAUUAAGCACCGGAGCUCAAUCGAAUAGUAGACCACAAUCACCUCCUCCCCCAUCAUAUAACGAAGCAAUUGGUCAUCCAACAAAUGUUUCUCCAAUAACUUCACCACAUUCGAAUAAUACUUCUCCUCCUAAUAUCGAUUUGAAAUCAAUGGUUGAACUCGAACCAAAAACAAUUCAGGGAAGGAAAGUAUAUAGCACUUCUUGGAGUGAACCACCACAACAUGCUGCUGGAUCAUCUCCAAACAUAAUGUAUCACGAUGUUUUUGUUCGAAAGUUGGAUCAGGACGCUAUUCAAAGGUCGACACCUAAUCUCUCCAGACAAACAUUCGAUUUAUAUAAUCAUAUAGUGAACCAGAAGGAAAUUCCUGGUGAUGCAUCACUAUUAAGAAAGGAAAAGGACUUGUUGGGUGUCAAUAAGGAACUAGAACAAAAGUCACAAUCAAAGAAUGCAAUUCAUCCAGUUGAGGUUCAGAAAGAGGAUUUGGAAAAGAUGGACAAUGAACAGACUCCUCUUGAAAGACCAGAAGAGGAAAUUCUCUACGAUAUUUACAGAACUAAAAACAAGCUGGAAGAUUUGAGAAAGGAGCUGGCAGCAAAACAGUCACGAAAAAGCAAAGUUUGCUGGAAUAUGAGUUUUCUAGGUUUGGAUGUUUUAGAGAUUUUAGUGACAAUUUUGUUGAUCAACUUUUGUGUUGCCUCAUUCUGGAGAGGAACUUGGGUUCUCAUAGAGAGCUAUGUUGUGUUUGGAGGGACAAGUCCUGAGAGGGCAGCCCAAAUUAAUUUAAUAUAUUUAGGAAUAGGUAUUGCAUCAGUCGGUUUCUUCCAAUUAUUGAGUGUGGUUGUGAGCAAUCAUGAUGUUCACACUAUUCUCCAUAAAUACUGGAAGAGUGUCAGGGAAAGUUUCAGAGAUUCCGAUAGACCCUAUCACAAAAUGAGACCAAAGAUAUUUGGAUUUUGCAUUCUUUCAUUCCUGUGGAUUGUUGAGAAGGUUCACGUUUAUAUCGUAGCUGUUGGAUGUGUAUUUUGCUGGAGAGGUGUCUUUGGUAUUUGGGAUUCGUAUAUUGCUCCAUACAUGGAUAAGGAAAAUCAAAUUAUCAGUGGUUGGUUAUCUCAUGGUUUAGGCCUGGUGUUUGUCUUAAUAUUCGGUUGUAUGAAUAGUCUGACAGUUGCCCCAGCCAGAACAACCAAUGAUAGAAUGAUGAGUUUCUCAGGUUUCGUCGGUUCCAAGUGGAAUUUCAUCACCAAUUUCAUUAAGGAACACAAAAAGACCAAUCAAGAACGAAAAAUAUUGAAAGAAUGUGCCAGAAGAGACUCUGUUACCAGUAACUAACAUGGUAAUUAGGAGCUAC